AUGGCCGACGACUCAUCGUCCCCGGCGUCUUACAUCCGACUGGUGCAGCAUCUGAUCGAGAAGUGCAUCUGCUACGACAUGAACAAGGAGGAGUGCGUGCAGGCGCUGGAGAAGCACGCCAACAUCAUGCCCGCCGUCACAUCCACUGUGUGGAAGGAGCUGGAGAAGGAGAACAGGGAGUUCUUCGAGACGUACAAGAAGGACCGAGGCGGUGAGUCGCCGUCGCAGAAGGGCAGUCCUUCAGACCAGGCGUCCACCUCAAGGAGCUCAGACGAUAACGACGACGACUAG